UCCUGGUUGGAACCUACCAGUUGAGUCGACUACCAAAUCUAGAUCCCCAGUUCAACAUGACAUGAGAUCAUGUAAAGUUAUCACGUACUCAGAGGACAGAGAUGUGGUGGUGGCAGUACGAGAUGCCAUGAUGCCUCCCAUCGGUGUCCAAAAGGCAGUAGCCAAAAAAUCAGCUCCCAAAUCAUCUCCAAAUCAGAAACAUGGCACUGGCCAGAAAUCUACCUCUCCACCACCUAACUUGCCAGUUGAAAAGUCAUCAACAGUUACUAGGAAGACCAUGGACAUCUUCGUCAAAGACAUGGAGGGGUUAGGUUGCCAGUUGAUCACUGGGGGAGAUGAAGACAAGCCCGAUGAAUCUGCUGACAGCAGCCUUCAUCAUGAAGAUGAUCAGAAAGGAAAUUCUACUUCAGAAUCAGAGGACGAAGAUGUGAUUCCUCCUACUCCACCUCCGCCUCCAGCGAAGAGAAGACGUGCUAAUCAGUGUGUCAAAUCAAUGGGCAACACCACAUGUAAGAGAAAUUCAAGUCACAGCAAGGAAAAUGACUCUUUUGUAACACCAAAAAGAAACAAAAAGUCAUCGGCAAAGAAUUCUGACUCUCAGAUUCUUACAUCUUUAGACGUCAACAUAUUUGACACCCCCCCAAGUUCCACAACAAAAGGAAACCCAAAGCGUGUGCUGGACGAACAAGCGACGGAGCCAGUUGAUGCUGAGUUGCAUAGCCUUAAUGAAUACAAAGAUACAAUUGAUGAGCUUAAAAAUGAAAUCUCGUUCCUCAACGAGCAAAUUCGAGAUUCUACCUUUGAGCUAGAAAUUGAGAGAGAUGAUUACAAUCACAAAAUUUUCGAAAAAGAUGCUACUAUUCUUCGCUUACAAGAAGAAAUAAACUCCCUGAAACAAUUGAAUCCCCAGGCCUUGGCCAAAAGUCUUAAUGAAGGGUUGGCUCUACUACACACCACUUUGGAAACCUUGACAAUUAGUCAAGUUAAUGCUCAACAAUCACGUGUUCAGUUAGAAAGAAGUGAAAGCGGUAGAACUAACCUAGUGAAGCUUCACAAAGAUUAUGAGACAACGAUUCAUCAAAAUGCGUUAGCAACCGCAAUGUCGUAUGGGAAGGCUGGUUCAAAAAAAAAGGACAUGAGCAAAAUGAUAAAUAUCAUCAUGGAAGCGCUGUGGGAUAGGGAAUUCAUGUCAAAACACAGUCUAACCGGAAAGAAGGCACCCACCGAUAAGACAAAUAAUCCUGCAAAACCUGCCCUUCCCAAGGAAGAUGUCCAAGCAAUUACGAGUUUCAUUGUGGAAUUUUGGGGAACAAAACACAAGUUGGCAAUCGAUCCAUCCAUGGUCCAUCCUUGCACCACAUCCAAACUACUAAGUGAACAUACGGCUCACAAGUCAAGAGAGAAGUUGUUCGUGGAGGAUGCCGGUAAUGAAGUACCAUCAGAAUAAAUCGGCGAACAUUUCUACAAGAACCGUUCAAGACGACGUUUAUGUGUAGCCCCACUUUUGAGUUCAACAGAUUUUCUAUUCUUUUCUUCAUUCAUUUUUUUCUUUUUCUAUUUUCUACUUUUUUUUAUUUUCCAUUUUCAACUUCUUUUUUUCAUUAUUAUUAGAAAGUGUGUUGCGUCAUGCAAUCACAAACAAAACGUACACAACACGCCCCUGCAAGGAUCCUUCAAUGAAAAGGGAUUAGAUUAUCUUUCAGUUCUCUGCUGGUAAGAUCUUAUGUUGCGCCCAACAGAAUAAUCUCCUCCAUCGCGCAUAAGUGUGGU